CUUUCAGUCACGCCCAUAGCAGCUUGUCUUGGACAUUGUCUUCAUGUUCAACUCAAACCGACUCAAUAUCUCGUCUGUGUGGCUCUCAGACUAGCGCCUCUCCAAGAUAGACAGGUCGGCCUUUGACUGUCUGAUCUCAUGGUCAACCUUGUCUCGUCGCAGCAACCCAUCAUGGCCUCUUCUGCGACCUCAACCUCUCUUAUGCCAUCCUCUGCUAUUUCAACCCCAAGUGCAUUGGUUCAGAAAACAAAGGAUAUUGGAUCAACGCCCAUUUCCAAGCCGAAACCGGCAUCUCCCACCGUCAACACACCUUCUCCCGGAAGUUUCAGACAUCCCAGAACAUCAGAAAUCAUCGCUCGUCAGUCUGCUACCAUUCUCACGCAGACGAGGAUCAACAAUGCAUGUAUCAACGCAGCAGUGCUACUCCUGACCUUUUUCGCAGGUGGCAUUCUCAAGGAUGUAUUGACCUUCUUCCUUUCUCCUGAGCUGACGUGGUGGCUUCUCUGGACCAUCCGUACUGUCCUCUUCUCCCAGGCUAUUCUCCUCCUACGUCCAGCCAUCCCAUACAUCUCAAAACAAGACCAAAUCACCGAUAUACCCUUGACGCCCACCCAACGUGCAUUGUUUGGUCUCGAUCCUUCCACUCCGUCCUCACCACUCUCCACGGUCCCCAACUCGAGCUACAUCACUCCUCCAAAGUAUCGACGAUUAUCCGGAACCUCGAAUACAACUCCAACCACUUCCACCGAUCGCAGAAGCACCUCUGCAAACUACUCCACCUCGCCAUUGUCAACAUCGCGGUACACCAUAGGAUUCUCUCCAACGCCAUCCCAGUCGAUGAGAAGAUCGUCAGGGGGGGCAUUCUCUCAAUCACCAUCUGCCAGCCCACUAUUCCAUAAAGCUGUCAACCAGCCGCCGCAAAAUCUCUCCGAUCUCGAUCUAAGCGCUAGUACACGCUCGUUUGGGACAAGUGGUGGCUUGUCUCGAUCGCAGAGCCUUCGGGAUAGAACACGACGUGAAAGUGUUGAACCAAAUUCGCCGACUCCAGGGACCAGAAGUCCUCAGCUGGUACCGGGCGUCAAUUACAAGUGGCUGUACGACAAGGGUCGGAACCUUCCCAAGAAUGACUCUUACCGUUCAUUCUGCUAGACUUGGAUCUGUUUUGAUGUUGCAUAGCAAGGCGCUGUUGGCGAACAAGACCAUAACGUUUACAUCGGUUAUUUUUCAAAUGCAUGAAAGUGCUCACUUCAUAUCCUUUCCCUCUUCGAGGCUUGACUGACUUAUGUGACACCGUCGAAUGCUUUCUGAUUGCU